UUCAACUCCAUUUAAUACAAUCGCCGUACCAUUAAUUAGUACUAUAAGCCCUAGAAAACAAAAUACACAAGAGAACUCAAAGCAUAUACCUAUAAGCUAUAGCAUGAUGAUGAAAACAAUAAGUUUAUCAUUAUUUCUAACUUUAACUCUUUUGCCAUCAUUUAUGUUGGGAUUAUCAACAUACAAUGUUGUUAGCUUAGGAGCAAAACCCGACGGUAAAACGGACUCGACAAAAGCAUUCUUAAAGGCAUGGAAUAAAGCUUGUAGGUCUUUAGGGAAGCCUACAAUCCUAGUACCUAAAGGAAGGUAUUUGAUUCAAAAUGCCAUUAAAUUUGAUGGAAGCAAGUGUACAAGUGUAGGAAUUCAUAUAAAUGUUAAGGGCACCAUUGUUGCGCCGCCAGAUUUUCGAGCUCUUAAGGACUCACAUACUUGGCUCUCGUUUGAGUCAGUGAGCGGAGUUACCCUCUCCGGUGGGAAGUUUGAUGGAAAAGGUGUUGGUUUGUGGAAUUGCAAGAUGUACGGGAAGGGUGGUUGCCCAAAGGGUGCUACGAAUUUGGCCUUCACAAAGUCCAAGAAUAUUGAGAUCAGAGGCUUGACAUCUUUAAACAGCCAAUUAUACCACAUUGUAAUUAAUGGUUGCAAUAAUGUGAAAUUAAGAAGCGUGAAAGUGUUAGCUUCUGGUGAAAGCCCUAAUACAGAUGGGAUUCACGUACAAAACUCCAAUGAUGUUACCAUACUCAACUCCAAGAUUAGCUCUGGCGACGAUUGUGUUUCCGUAGGUGCGGGCACAACCGCUCUUUGGAUUGAGAAUGUCAUAUGUGGUCCAGGACAUGGAAUUAGCAUCGGGAGCUUAGCAAAAGAAAUGAAUGAGCCUGGAGUGCAAAAUAUGACGGUAAAAGAUGUUACAUUUGUCGGUACCCAAAACGGGGUAAGAAUUAAGUCUUGGGGGAGGCCAAGCCAUGGUUUUGUGAAGAAUGUUAUCUUCCAACAUUGUACCAUGAUUAAUGUACAAAAUCCUAUAAUUAUUGACCAAAACUACUGUCCUAACAUGGAAGGUUGUCCUGGAAAGGUUUCCGGGGUGAAAAUUAGUGAUAUCACAUAUCAAGAUAUUCAUGGAUCUUCAGCUACAGAAGUUGCCGUAAAGUUUGAUUGCAGCUCAAAACAUUCGUGCAAAAACAUAAUAUUAGAUGAUGUAAAGCUUACUUAUAAAAACCAACCAGCUAUAGCAUCUUGUGCUCACGCUGAUGGGUCUACCCAUGGAUUGGUAGUGCCUAAGAGUUGUUUAUAGCAUGUCCACAACUUUGUGCAGUCUUGUAGGAUUCAUCAGGCACAUUUAAUGUAUACUUUGUUCAAUAUUUAUGCAUGCCAAACCCUUUUAUUGGUGUUUGGAGACAUAUUGUUAUGUAUAUUGAAGCAUAUAUGUUUCUAAAAUAAUUGUAAGUUAGUUAUAAGGAAAAAUAUACAUAGCAUGUCUUUAUGUUUA